CUCUGUGUUAACAGCUCUUUUUUUCAUGCUCCAUGUUAUCUUCCUUCUGAGGCUGGGCCCAGUUGGUGUCCUGGAGGAAGUGCGGCAGGACUAUCAGCAAAUCAAACAAGACCCGUACAGCUGCUGUCAAGCCAAAGCUGUAUGCACCACAAAAUGAAAAUCUAUUUCACGAUAAGAUCCAUCAUCAUCAAUAACUGAGCCUGAAGCUGUACUUUGAUGUACCGUGUACUAUACACCAGAUACUGUCAGAUACUUACAGUACUAGGUACUGCUGCGUCUGUCGUGAACUAUAAGCAGGUUCGUGAUGAACACUAAAUACCUAUCAAUCUAUUCUGUAAUUGCUCUUUGCACACCCGUCUAAGGACUGGGUAUAUCAUCAUCAUUCUUGUAAUAGCAACAGGAAUUUGUUUUCUCUGUUAUAGAGUUUGUAGAUCCGCGUGGAAGGCUUGUUGGUCCUCUUUUCAUUGGAUUUUUUAUUCGCGGAUUUGCGCAAUGAAUUAGAAUUAUGUGUUUUUCAUCUAGUAAAGACAUGUGAUCAUGUAGUAGAGAGCCAGCGUGAAGAAGAUGACUGUCCGUUUUUUUAGCGCCCAACAUCGAGAUGAGAGUAAAGAAAUGAUCUCUGAUUGUCAUCGAGUGAAAAAGUUCCAACAAGACAAAAAUGAAAGUCACGACCCAGCUUGCCGCUGAAAAUAUGCUGAGCAAGAACCUACUACACGUCCCGAGCACGUCGUCCACGAAUCUUAUUCAUUGGCCCUACAACUAGAACUACCAACCAGUACUUUUCGCAAUCGAUAAGUACGCUCACAUCUCGCCGUACAACGGAUACGUAGGGGACACUUUCGAAUCUUAUGCUGUGAACUCUAUAUGUUAAUUCACUAAAAAAUAUAAACUCGUAGAUGAACAAGGACUAGGUGGUGUUGCUGGUCGUGGCAGGAGCUCGAUGGAGAAUUGCAGAAUAAACUUGUCAAAGAAAUCUACUAGUAAUUUCGAUUUCCACAGGACCACCACCACUUCUAGGUAGUACAUCACCAUCGAGCCGUACAAGUAUACGGUCUUGAAGCAGAAACUCUCCACACUCACUCUUCUAAAUUUCGACUCUGCUGCCGUCUACUUGACCCUUCUUGUUAUAGCACCGUCUUCGCCUUGGACUACAACUAGAAGAGCUUUCCUCUGAACAAGAUGAAUAGCUCUAGCGGUUUCGUCGGUUUGUCCAAGCCACAGGGCGUUUACAACGCUGCUGCAAGGUGCCAAACUUGUAAUGCUAUUGGUCACUGGAGCUAUGAGUGUCCGAACCGCGGUCAGCUCCAAAGCUAUACGGUGCGGCCGACGAAGAAUAAGAAGAAGAUGAACGAGGAACUUCCACCCGACGAAGAGAAAAAGAAAAGCAGUUUUCUCCAAGAAGAUUAUCAUUUAUGCUUGCAAGAAACGCUAUUUUUAAAGCUGGACCUGGACCCCUCGAUCUGUCUUGACGCGCCUUGAUGAACUGUCAAUGAUGGAGCAGGACAGAUCCGGACGAGACAGAUCCAGGAAAUUUAUUUACCUUUCAUAUCAUUUUGUGCCUCUAUUGGAGUCUACUGGUACUGGAGUAGGAGGUGAAGAUGGGGAGCAAGGACGAAAGAACGGCACACGUGGGUCUUCUUCUUCUACGAGGAACCACGUUGGCGAAGGAAAGGAUGCCACUUCAUCUUCCAGAAGAGAUUUGCAUGAUGAGAGUGAUUACGAAGGUAGAAAACGAGGUGGACGGAAUAGGGCUACUUCUAGUUCUAGAAAUACCACUAGAAGUACUAGCAAUGGAGCAGAAAAUCAUGGUUCUUUUUUCCAUCCCCCGACCGUCGACGAGGAGGGGACCACAGUCAUCCUCGAGGGAGACCAUCACUUGGACAAGAGAAAUAACUCGCCCUCUGGAGCAGUAGAGGUCCGCGGUCGCGGCGCUGUGCGAGGUCGGGGAACACGGCAUUUUGCCGGAUCGGACAGUGAUGAGGAUGAUUUUUUCAACAAGAGGCUGCGCGAAGAUGACAACAACUGGGUGGGAAGGGGUGGACAUCGGUCGAGCGGUGGACCACACAGCAAGUUAAGCAAAGGCGGCGGCAAGAUGAACGGAGGUCACCAUAUUAAAGGGGGUACUAGUUGUAAAGAUCAACAUCAAAAGGGCGGCAAAAACAAUAAAGGUACUAGGCAGGUGGAUGCUCAAAUAAACAGCUUUCUUCAUCCGGAAGAUAGAGACCAGAUGUACAACAAUGAUGCAAACGGCGAUCGUCAGCAUCGUGGAGGUGCUUCAGGAAAAGUAGGAAAAGGAGGAGGUAAGCACCACAAGGGCUACAACGUGAUCAACAAUUAUAGCAGUUCGAAGCCGCACCACCUUCAACAAGGAGGCGUGAAUUACGGGAUGUCACCCGUCUCUCGAGGAGGAGGAGAUCAAGACCACCUCGGUGGACGCAACGACGUAGACCAUCGCAGAUCGUACCCUUCGUCACUGAUUGGCGGAGGGGGAACUGGAAUUAUAGGAAAUGGAGGAGCGUUUGUUCAGCAUCAAGAUGACAGUAGAAGGCGAAACAAGAGUACUAGGGGGCGCCGUGGAGGCAAAAAUGGAGGACGCGGCGAAGAUAAUUCCUUUGAUAGUGAUUCCGAGGAGGACAGCCAGUCCGAGUCUGAUGCCUCUCCUGACCGAAGGAGCGGUAGCCGCGGGUCUCGUCGUCGCGGCAUGCGUAUCGAGCUGCGCGAGCGCUCACGAUCGCGGCAAGCACGAGAUGGUCGACGAAGCAAAAAUGCGACAAGAAGCAACAAACACGAGAAAACAAAUCAUCAGCUGCUCUCCUCUAGAUCUAGUAAACAUGAGGACGAUCAUAAGCUCUCGACGACGGCUCGAAAUCGCUCUGGCGGGGGGGCGAACAAGGGCCGAGCUGUGCUUAGUAGCAAUAAGCGUGGGCGUGGCCGUAAAGAGACCAGUCGUGGUGGAGGACGCGACGUGGACGUCGACUCCGGCAGCAGCGCGUCUGGAAGCAGCAGCGAUGAUGACGAAGAGAGCAGUGACGAUUCCUCGUCCGAGAGCGGUGACGAUGACGAUUCAAACUCUGGGGACGAGGACGAUGAUAGCUCUUCCUCUUCCUUAGAGCAGGAACAUGAGCGUUCCUCGAAGCGCGGAAGCCGCGCCGACCCUUCUAAGAUUGCGUUGAAGGGCAGACCUGCUCCUGGAGCUCCUAUUAGUACUUCCUCGAAGAGUAAAAUGCUGGCAGAAAGCAAAGGGUCGUCGUCCACUGCUACUUCGCGAAGACUAGGACAGCAUCACGAAGUAGGUACUGUGCAGGAUAUUUUGCAAGCGUCUGCCGUCUCCGCCGGUAGUAAGACAGGGGACCACGCCGCGGGGGCAACGAGCUCCGCAGAUCAUGGGACAAAGGCUAAAAAUGCCGGCGUAGGAACAAAAAUAAAAAACGGAAAAAAGGUGAGUUCUUCUGUCGGACAACAGCUUGUUGGUUCCUCAUCAUCAUCAUCGACAGUAUUAAAUAACGUUGUUAAAGAUCAUGAUGUUGAGAACAAGAAAAGCAAUUAUAGUAGUAGGGAUCAUCAUCAUCAUAAGGAUGUCAAUCGGGGAGGUCGUGACACCAGUUGUAGCUCAUCGUCCUCCAGCGAGAGCGCGUGCGGGAGGACAAGCAAAAACAAGAAGCAAGGGGAUCGAGUAGAAGACGCUAGAAGGGGACGACGGGGGGCUCCUGGUGGUGGCAGAGAUCGAGCGGGAAAGAAGCGUCCUCCUACGAGGGGAGGUGAAGAUGCUUCUCGACGGACCAAGAAACGCACCGGAUCCAAAUCCGAAGUAGGAGCUGCGAACAAAACUAGUACUACAACUUCUGCGGCGGGGGGAGCUUCUUCGUCAGGAGGCACUUCUAGUGUUGCUGUUGUAGGUGGAACUACAAAUACUUCUAGUACUACAGCUAUUAAAACAGCUAAAAUAAAUGCUAGUGCUACGAAGACCACGAAGCAUAACAAGAUUAAGAAGGCAGCUCCUGAGCAGCAUUCGGAUUCGAGUGACUCUGAUGAUGAGCUCUCGGAGUCCAGCGAUUCUGGGGACGAAGAAGGUUCUGGCUCUAGCGGUGAGUCUAGCGAUUCUGGAGAGUCUAGUGAUUCUGGAGAGUCUAGCGACUCCGACUCGGACGAACCGUCGGAAUCCGCCUCUCAUCGCCGCCCCCAGCCAAAACGACGCAAACAGAAGUAAUUCACUGUAUGUAAUUCACUAAAUAUGUUAGACUUACUUAAAAUGUUCUUCGUAAAUUUGAACAAAGAACCGAUAUCGAAGUGACUGAAAUAGGAGAGGUAGCGGUAAAAGGCUACUGCUGCGGUAUCAGUGCCUCGGUUAUUUUCAUCAGUUACUUGUUCAUGCCAGUUUAAUUUUAGAAUACACGUUCUUGUUCCCGUCGCUACUAGAAGUCGCAAGAACGUAAGAUCGACAAGAAAAAAUUGCUCACAUUGAUGAAAUUGUGCUACAACUAGUACUUGUAGCUAUCUAGCGGCAUCUUCUUCUUCAUAAUUACUACAGUAGAGACUCACUUUUAGUCUAAAAAAACCUCAAGUAGUCGAGCAUGCUAUUAUUACGGAGACUACUCACUGGGAAGGCGUCCGCACAGUCAUUUUCGUAUCAACAGCGUUGUGGACUAGGACUAGAGUGGCAUACUUAUUGCUACUCAUUUACUCAUAUUGCUAUUCUUGGCCCACUUCUGUAUGAGAAAUUAACUUCUCUCCAACUCGUUCCUCUUCAGUUUUAGGUUUGUCUAGACGCAUUAAAGAACAAGUGUCGAAUCAUUCCACUGCACGAUCAUGAUUCAGAUUUACUAGGCUUAAGCGUCUGGUGACAGUACCCUCUUGAUGGGACAACCCCUCGCUAGAAGCAGCGCAUGCAGAACUUGUCUGCUGUCGUCGAACAUUUUUUAGUAGAUAAUUACACGUACGUCGUGUAUCAGCCAUUGUUUUAGCCGUGUUACCACCUUAUUGUUCUCAGUUGCUUGUCAUGAUUCAAUCGUUGAAUGAUGUAUGCAGUGAUAGCAUUGAAUGUAUUAAAUUUAAAUGUUGUAGUUUAAUAAUCAAUGAAAACGCAGCAAGUACCAGCAGAUGUUGAGCGAAUUUCGUUCCACCUUACUUGUUUAAGGACAUUCAACCAAGUAGUGGAACGAGAGCAGUCGUCUUCGUCAACUGCCCACUUCUCUGCAUCUUCAAGACUUGAACCUACGCCAUUCUCUUCUCAGUAGUUGGUAGACGUCGAAGCGGUAGCUAACGAAUUAUCCACGCACCAAACUAGAUUCUAGUACUUCUUGUUGGUUCCAGCAACAUCUCAACAGUGGUAAUAGUAGGAACAAGUAGGUAGAGCGAUCCAGAUGAUUUAGGCUGCCUUGAAGGUCUGAUUAGACUGUAUUGACUGCAACAACUUGGAUAAAGAGCCUACUAGACCUUCAUCUAUUUUCAAACCUCUACUUUUUAUAGUUGCUAAUAUCUUCCCCAUCAACUUCUACAACGUGCAGUCAAAAAUGCCCUCCACACGAACGCUCAAGAUGAAAGAGCCCAUCUACUUAACAAUCUGAAUCUGAAUCAAUUGUUCAACGCAAAGCUGCUUGGGAUCCUGCUGCUCGUGGCCUCAAGU